AAGGAAAAUAAUUCUUCUUCAGUGGAUGUCCCUGUCACUGAAUAUCAGGUUGUUCUCCAAGCCCUCCGAGGACUCCCGAACGAUCUCGGGAAAUAGGUUUCCUUCCUUCAAUUCCAAAAAUCGCCGCCAACGUUCAUGGAAACAAGACCGGCUCUCCUUCUGUUGGAAAACCAGCAUCGGCCCCUCGUCCCCACUGGUGACGGCGGCACGACUCUUGCAGCGAUCAACCUCGGUGGAGGAACAGGCGGCACAAAGGUCCAUGGCGGUGCUAGAGUUGUGUAUUGUAGAUCGGACUCGGCCAGGCUGUGCUUGCAGUGCGACGGGCGCGUGCACUCCGCCAACGCCCUGGCGCGUCGGCACCAGCGCUCCCUGAUCUGCGACCGGUGCAAUUCCCAGCCGGCGACGAUGAGAUGCACCGACGACGACGUCUGCAUGUGCCAGUCCUGUGACUGGGCCGCUUGCUCCUCCAACCUUUCCCACCGCUGCAAGCUUUUGUUUCCCUACGCCGGCGUCCCUUCCCCCGCCGACUUCACCUCCAUGUGGUCCGCCGUUCUCGACGCCGACGUCGUUCCCAUUCCGCCGGAGCAUCCCCUCCCCCCUCCUCAUUCUACUCAUAAUAAUAAUGAGCCAUACAUUAAUAAUAAUAGUAAUAACUGGGCUUCCUGCCCUGCCGCCGCCGCCGCCGCAGACCCAAAUAAUAAUAAUAAUCAGAAUAAUAACAAUCAUAGUAACCAGGGAUUUGUGGCUAGUCGGCUCAAUGAAUUGGCGUCUUGCCUAAAGUUCGAUCCGUCGUCGUGGGUCAAUUCUUCUCAGCCGUCCGGUAGCAGAGAUCAAACGCCCUUUUCAGCCGGCGCAGCGGCAGGGGAAACCAGCUGCCGACUCAUGAACAAGGGUUGUGACAAUGAUGUAGAGCUCUGUGAAGGAGCGGUGGAUACUGCAGAUAAAGACGCGUCGUUGAGUUUCAGUGGGUACGACGAGAUGUUUGCGGCUGCCGCCGCCGCCGGCCAAUGUCAUCGAGGAUUUAACGGCGACGAUGAAGGCCUGGCCGCUUGUCUUCACACCGCCGCAUCGAGGGACAAUACCUUCUCCGGGACAGAGUCUAGCAGUCAUCUUACUUCGUCAUCGGGACAACAAGAGCGCAUGGGGGGCUGUUUAGAGUCGAUUAAUAAUAAUAUGUUACCCAACAUGAAUAGCUCUAUGAUGAUGAUGAUGAUGAUGAUGAGCCCUAAAAUGGUGGGAUUCCCAUUAACGACGACGACGGCGACCGGACAAGUUGGUUCACUCUCCAACAUCACCGGAGACAGCGACAUCGCGGAGCAUCAUCAUCAUCAAGACUGUGGCCUCUCGCCGGCUCUUCAGCUUGUGAAUGGAGAAACAAUAUGGGAGUCCGGUUUUGAUGUCACCUGCUGCAGUCCACAUGCAAGAGACAAAGCCAAGAUGAGAUACAAGGAGAAAAAGAAAAACAGAACGUUCGAGAAGCAAAUACGAUAUGUGUCACGGAAAGCAAGAGCUGAUACUAGAAAGCGUGUGAAAGGAAGAUUUGUUAAAGCUGGGGAAGAGUAUGAUUACGACCCGCUCAAAACUAAGGAUAUGGAUAUGGUGCCUGAUUGACAUACAUAUAUAUAAGGUACAUGUCAUAUAUUCUUCUUGUAAUUAUCUUUUUUCUUUCCUACUAUUUACUCCCUCCGUCCCAAAAAGAUUUACACGUUUCAAAAAAAUUGCGUCCCAUAAUCCCUUACCCAUUUCUAUUAAAAAACCACUUUUACUCCCUACUUUUUCAAACCUUAUCUAUCACAUCAUACCUUUUUCCUAAUAAUCUACACAUCACAUCCUACUUUUACCCAUCACAUCAAGGGUAUUUUUGGAAAGUCAACACAAAAUUAUCCCUCCCUUAAUUUCAACUUUAGUCAAAAUGGGUAACACUUUAUGGGACGGAGGAAGUAUUAGAUUGUUUCUAAAUUUUCUUCCUUCUUUCUUUUUAGAAAACAAAUAUGUGGUCUAUAU